AUGAUCCGAAUCUUUCCGGAUUUCAGCGUGCAGGUGACGGCCGCGGCAGCCGGCGGGGCGGCCGCGGGGGUGCCGGCCGGCGCGGGCAUGGGGAGGGCCGGCGCCGCGGCCAACGGCACCCCGCAGAACGUCCAGGGCAUCACCUCCUACCAGCAGCGAAUAACUGCCCAGCAUCCUCUGCCCAACCAAUCAGAAUGUAGGAAAAUCUACAGAUAUGACGGAAUCUACUGUGAAUCUACCUACCAGAAUUUACAAGCAUUGAGAAAGGAGAAGUCCCGGGAUGCUGCUCGCUCCCGCCGGGGAAAAGAAAACUUUGAGUUCUAUGAAUUGGCCAAGUUGUUGCCUCUUCCUGCAGCCAUCACUAGCCAGCUUGACAAGGCCUCCAUCAUUCGACUUACAAUUAGCUAUCUGAAAAUGAGAGACUUUGCUAACCAGGGGGACCCUCCAUGGAACUUGCGAAUGGAAGGCCCUCCACCUAACACGUCAGUAAAAGGGAUACAAAUGUGGAAAUCUGAACUCUGCAUGAGAAAGACACCAUGUGAAGUUAUAGGUGCACAGCGAAGGAGAAGCCCCAGUGCACUGGCCAUUGAAGUAUUUGAAGCACAUUUGGGAAGUCACAUUUUGCAGUCCCUGGAUGGCUUUGUAUUUGCACUAAAUCAAGAAGGAAAAUUUUUGUACAUUUCUGAAACAGUCUCCAUCUACCUAGGCCUCUCGCAAGUGGAGCUGACAGGCAGCAGCGUCUUUGACUAUGUCCACCCCGGGGACCACGUGGAGAUGGCAGAGCAGCUGGGCAUGAAGCUCCCGCCCGGGCGGGGUCUCCUCUCGCAGGGCACCGCUGAAGACGCAGCCAGCUCAGCAUCUUCCUCCUCCCAGUCAGAAACCCCAGAGCCAGUGGAAUCAACCAGCCCCAGUCUGCUAACCACUGACAACACCCUUGAGCGUUCGUUUUUCAUCCGAAUGAAAUCUACUCUGACCAAACGUGGCGUGCACAUCAAAUCAUCAGGAUAUAAGGUGAUUCACAUAACGGGCCGGCUACGACUAAGGGUUUCGCUGUCCCACGGGAGGACCGUCCCCAGCCAAAUCAUGGGUCUCGUGGUUGUGGCUCAUGCCUUGCCUCCCCCUACGAUCAAUGAAGUCAGAAUUGACUGCCAUAUGUUCGUCACUCGAGUAAAUAUGGACCUCAAUAUCAUUUACUGUGAAAAUAGGAUUAGUGAUUAUAUGGAUCUGACUCCUGUAGACAUUGUAGGGAAAAGAUGCUACCACUUCAUCCAUGCUGAAGAUGUCGAGGGCAUCAGGCACAGUCAUCUGGACUUGCUGAAUAAGGGCCAGUGUGUGACAAAGUACUAUCGUUGGAUGCAGAAGAAUGGAGGAUAUAUUUGGAUACAGUCUAGUGCCACAAUAGCUAUUAACGCCAAGAACGCAAAUGAGAAGAACAUCAUCUGGGUGAAUUAUCUUCUGAGCAACCCCGAGUACAAGGACACGCCAAUGGACAUCGCACAGCUUCCCCACCUGCCGGAGAAAACUUCGGAAUCCUCAGAGACCUCCGACUCUGAGUCAGACUCUAAAGACACCUCAGGUAUUACAGAGGACAAUGAGAACUCCAAGUCCGACGAGAAGGGGAACCAGUCCGAGAACAGCGAAGACCCGGAGCCCGACCGCAAGAAGUCGGGCAACACGUGCGACAACGACAUGAACUGCAACGACGACGGCCACAACAGCUCCAGCAACCCGGACAGCCGCGACAGCGACGACAGCUUCGAGCACUCGGACUUUGAGAACCCCAAGGCGGCCGAGGACGGCGGCGGCUUCGGCGCGCUGGGCCCCAUGCAGAUCAAGGUCGAGCGCUACGUGGAGAGCGAGUCGGACCUGCGGCUGCAGAACUGCGAGUCGCUGUCUUCGGACAGCGCCAAAGACUCGGACAGCGCGGGCGAGGCGGGCGCGCAGGCCUCCAGCAAGCACCAGAAGCGCAAGAAGAGGCGGAAACGGCAGAAGGGCGGCAGCGCCAGCCGCCGGCGCCUGUCCAGCGCGUCGAGCCCCGGCGGCCUGGACGCGGGCCUGGUGGAGCCCCCGCGGCUGCUGUCCUCCCCCAACAGUGCCUCGGUGCUCAAGAUCAAGACGGAGAUCUCGGAACCCAUCAACUUCGACAACGACAGCAGCAUCUGGAACUACCCGCCCAACCGGGAGAUCUCCCGGAACGAGUCGCCCUACAGCAUGACCAAGCCCCCCAGCUCCGAGCACUUCCCGUCCCCGCCGGGCGGCGCAGGCGGCGGGGGGCUGCACGUGGCCAUCCCCGACUCGGUCCUCACUCCGCCCGGUGCCGACGGCACGGCCGCCGCCGCCGCCGCCCGCAAGACUCAGUUCGGCACCUCGGCCCCCGCGGCCUUGGCCCCCGUCGCCUCCGACCCGCUGUCGCCCCCGCUCUCGGCGUCCCCGCGGGACAAGCACCCCGGGGGCGGAAGCGGCGGCGGCGGCGGCGGCGGCGGCGGCGGGAGCGGCCCCGGAGCGUCCAACUCCUUGCUGUACACUGGGGACCUGGAGGCGCUGCAGAGGUUGCAGGCGGGCAACGUCGUGCUGCCGCUGGUGCACAGGGUGACCGGGACGCUGGCGGCCACCAGCACGGCCGCGCAGAGGGUCUACACCACGGGCACCAUCCGCUACGCGCCCGCCGAGGUGACCCUGGCCAUGCAGGGCAACCUGCUGCCCAACGCGCACGCUGUUAACUUCGUGGACGUUAACAGCCCGGGCUUCGGCCUUGACCCCAAGACGCCCAUGGAGAUGCUCUACCACCACGUGCACCGGCUCAACAUGUCGGGACCGUUUGGCGGCGCCGUGAGCGCGGCCAGCCUGACGCAGAUGCCCGCCGGCAACGUGUUCACCACGGCCGAGGGACUCUUCUCCACGCUGCCCUUCCCCGUCUACAGCAACGGCAUCCACGCGGCACAGACUCUGGAGCGCAAGGAGGACUGAGC